AAAGCCGAUUAGUUGACUGUCUAGCCUCAAACAAAGAAGAUGAAACGGUGUCACUUUCAUUUGCUCUUGCUCCUGCUCUUGGUGGUCCAUGAGGGAUUCGGAGUUCCAGCUCUGGAUAGUUCCCCAUCAGCUUCGACGCCCAAUACCAUCGAAGAGUCGGAUAAGUUGCCCGAAGGAAGCGGAGAAGCCUCGGCCAACGAUGCUGCCCUGACCAGUUCCAAGGACAAAGCUACCCAAGAACCGGAAUCCUCAGAGUCAUCGACGCCUGAUAACGUUGCCAGUGCCAGCAGCAUCGAUCCCACCACCAUCUAUGCCGGAGGUGUCCUUACGCCAGAGGUGUUCCAGCAGUAUCUGACGCAGUACGGUGCCUAUCCGCCAUUUGUGGGCGCCUAUCCGGCCCCUGUAGGCGCUGCAGCUCCUGGCAUUUAUCCCUACCCGGGUCCCAUUGUCGUUCAGACAGGAUACGAAGGAUUCCUAGUCCCUGCCAAUGCCGCUGCAUCCGAUACCACUACUGUGGUGGCUUCUACCGACUCCUCUUCCUCAGCUUCCAAUCCUCUUGUGGCCUUUGCCUCAAGGUUUCUGCCCUCGAUCCUGAUGUCGUCGCUCUUCCGCAUCAUUGCCGUGGUCCUGUCCACUAUUGGAAUCAUUUUGUUUGGUAGUUCCAUCGCCAGUGCCUUGUGCCGUGUGACGCCGAUCUGUGAUAUUCCCGCCCAGGCUGUCAAUAUCCUGCGAUCUGGUGGCGCCCAGGAUGUGGGCCGUAUGCUGGCCGAAGAAAUUACGCCGGAGCGGGUGCGACGUGCCAGCGUUUUUGUUCAGAACGCCAUCAAGAAAUACCAGCAACUGCAGGAGCUAGUGGACACAUCGGAGGUGUCAACCACUUAGGCGAUGAAGGAAUGGGUUUUAGUUUUAGUGCCGUCUCGUUAAUUAAGUGGAAUGCAAAACAAUACCUUUAAUGACGCCAUAAAAACAGUUUUCACUUUUAUAUGUCACAGGGGUAGCUAUAAUAGUUUGUAGAAAGGAAUAAAAUAAAAAAAUAUAUCUAAAAA